GGGGGUUUGGCAGUUCGGGGCCGCGAGCGGGAGGGGGAGAUAUGCCCAAGAACUGCUCGUUCCCGCACUGCGGCCGCCAGCGGCGCCUCGGCCUCGCGGACCGUCAGGCCAGUUACCACAGGUUUCCAUCACAAGACAAAGAGAGAUUCCAACAAUGGCUCUCAAAUAUGAAGAGAAAGGAUUGGGCUCCAACCCCAUACCAGUACCUCUGCAGUGACCAUUUCACCCCCGAAAGCUUUGAACGGAGGUGGGGGAUACGAUAUUUGAAGCCAGAUGCUGUUCCUACAAUAUUUUCUUUUCCAGAUCAACCUACGAAAACGAAAGCUGCCGCUAGAACGGAUGGUUUAAAAAGAAUGAAGAAGCCAUCACGAAAGGUAAAUAUGUCCGAGACUCAGUGUGGUGAUGAAAGAAUAGAAACGGCUGCUCUGUCCACGACGACCAUUCCUAUCUUAUCAACGGUGAUGUCUGUAUCGGGUGAUGAACUUGCUGUACAAGUCAUAGAAACCGAGUCAACUGUAUCAACCCCCAUGACUGAAUUGGACACUGUGACGAUAUCUUCUCCCGAUGCUUGUGACGAGACUCUGUCUGAAGCAAUGGAAACAUCCAUUGAAUCCUUACCAAAUGCAUCAGCGGUUCCUUUCGAGCCCUUCCACAUAGAUUCCUCAAUCUCCUCGGACUCUGUAUUGACUGAGCCACCUCUGUCGCCGUUUGACAACGAACCGUCUGUUGAAACUAUCAAACUUUCACCCCCUUUAUCAGCUUCUGUUGAAGCUUUACAACUCUCGACGCAGGAGGAACCCGAGGAGACGACUGCCAUAACACUAACCCCCGUGGAGACUAUAGUACCGGCUGAGACUGUACAGGUUUACGAAAGUCUGCCAUCUUUUCAGUCGCUGACUUCCACUCCGGUGACCUCGCUGUUCGAAGCCACAACGGCAGUGCCGUGCUUUCACACACUACCCUCACCCGUUCUGCCUUUUCACGCUCCGCAGUUAUUCGUGGAGACGCCAACGAUAGUGGCUGGGGUUGAGAGUGUCCUGACAUUGCCCUCCGCGAUCACCACACCUAUUAUGUCGACUCUCUCAAUCGAGUGCAGUGUGUCGUCCGCACCCCCCAUCGCAGCCGUGGAGACGGUGGUGACCACACAGCCCGAUGAGCUGCCCGACACGACAGAGGUUCAGGGCGAACAUUCCUACCACAAGAAUGAUCUGACCACCGAGCAACUUGGAGAGAUCAUGCUUAGCCUUCAGAAAAAGGUCAAGAUUCUCCACCAGCGAGAGAGGAGGAACUCGGCGCGCUUGAAGGUCAUGGAGAACCUGGUGGAGCAACUGAAGAAAGAAAACAUCCUCUCGGAAGAGAAACUUAAACUGCUGGAGAUGACUUCCUUGCAGACAAAAAGUCAGGGGGCUGAUCGCAGGCGUACUGUAACAAUAAUUUGCCAUGAAGAUGAUGACACUAUAAUUUAUGCACUGCCUGAAUCGGGAGAUGAAGAGAGUAGUGUUGUUAUCGAAGAGGGACAUAUAAAACUUGAAAACUUUGACUAAAACUUCCACACUAGACAUUAUGAACUUGCUCCAAUAUUGGUCUUUGCAUCAGAAGCCCACUAGUAAUGUAGUAUGUAUCUAUUGAUAUAUUUUUCUAUCGGUGUUGUUACAGAAAUUUAAUGCCAUAAAGAUUUAAUACUGAAUGUCUUGUUUUAACAUGGUAUAACUGAUGACCUGACAUUCUGAAUCAGAUUCUGAUGGCCUACAGUGCAUAUAUUUAUUCAAGGAAAGUUGUAUUUUAAUAAUAAUAAUCCUUACAUCUGUAAGGAUAGACCUUAUCAUGUUCUUGAGAGGAACUGUUCAGCUGGUUGUACAUAUCUGUCUGUAAUAAUUACUCCUCAAUGGCACUUUGCUUAUUUAAUUCCAGAGAAUGUUAAGCGCAAGAUGGCAAGAGCUAUUGGGGAGGCCUGAGUGUGCACUGGGGGUAACUGCUGGAGUCCUAACCAGCUAAAACUUGGCAUUGAGAGCAUUGCCAAGCUAUUCAAAAUAGAAGUGAGUUUACAUACACAAAAUAGGCUACACUCAAACAUGUCUUCAGCAAUCUCUCCAGAUGGUCCAAAGCACUUCACAGGAUUUACUGUAAAGUGGAUUGACUAUUUUGUGGGUGAAAUUUGUACUGUUUGUCUACAAUCGCCACAGCAAUGACCCACAAAGUGCUUGGAGCCACUUUGAUGUUACAGCUGCCCCCCAAUCAAAUUGAAGAAACAUUUGUAUUGCAAAUGAUGAGUUGCACUAUUGUAAUAAUAUGGGAUCUUGUCAAGUGAAUAUUCAAUCGAUAAUGGUCCUCAGAAUGUGUCUUUCAUUAAAAUCUGGUGAUAUAAGAAUAUGAGCAA